UGCGCGGCGGUUUCAAGCUCCCCCGCCCGAGCGCCGCUGCCGGGUUUGCGGCCGCUGCUCCGGGCCGGGGCCGGCGGGGUGGCCGUGGCGAUGGGGCGCUGCGCCGGCCGCGCUCGCUGACGGGCGUGCACAGGCGAACCCGGCCGCAGCAUGUACGCCAAGGGGAAGGGCUCCGCCGUGCCCUCGGACAGCCAGGCCCGGGAGAAGCUGGCGUUGUACGUGUACGAGUACCUGCUGCACGUGGGAGCCCAGAAAUCUGCACAGACCUUCCUCUCGGAGAUCCGAUGGGAGAAGAACAUCACGCUGGGGGAGCCCCCGGGGUUCCUGCACUCCUGGUGGUGCGUGUUCUGGGACCUGUACUGCGCGGCGCCGGACCGCCGGGAGACGUGUGAGCACUCCAGCGAAGCCAAGGCCUUUCAUGACUAUAGCGCCGCGGCGGCCCCCAGCCCCGUGAUGGGGAACAUGCCCCCGAACGAUGGCAUGCCAGGAGGACCCAUGCCACCCGGUUUCUUUCAGGGACCUCCGGGCUCUCAGCCAUCACCGCACGCACAGCCUCCACCCCACAACCCCGCCGCCCCCAUGCUGGGGCCCCACAGCCAGCCUUUCAUGUCCCCUCGCUACCCCGGCGGCCCCCGGCCCUCGCUCCGCAUGCCGAACCAGCCGCCCGUGGGGGUCCCGGGUUCCCAGCCGCUGCUGCCGAACAGCAUGGACCCCAGCACGAGAUCGCAGGGGCAUCCGAAUAUGGGGGGCCCGAUGCAGCGGAUGAACCCCCCGCGAGGCAUGGCGGGGAUGGCCCCUCAGAACUACGGCAGCGGGAUGCGGCCCCCGCCCAACUCGCUGGGCGGCCCUGGCAUGCCCCCCAUGAACAUGGGCCCAGGAGGGCGAGCGCCGUGGCCAAACCCCAACACCAACUCCAUCGCGUACUCCUCCUCGUCACCCGGGAGCUACGUGGGGCCUCCCGGCGGCGGCGGCCCCCCCGGAACCCCCAUCCUGCCCAGCCCAGGAGACUCCACCAACUCCAGUGAGAACAUGUACACCAUGAUGAACCCCAUGGGAGGCAUGAACGCCAUGGAGCCCCAUCACAUGAACGGAUCCUUAGGCUCUGGCGACAUGGACGGGCUGCCAAAGAGCUCACCGAGUAACUUGGCCGGGCUGAGUAACCCGCCCGGGACCCCACGGGAUGACGGCGAGAUGGGCGGCACCUUCUUAAACCCCUUCCAAAGUGACAGUUACUCGCCCAGCAUGACAAUGAGCGUGUGAUCGGCUCGGACGUCCCGGCGCAGAGAGCCAGACGCCCCCGCGGUUCUAAACUAUUUAAAACACCCGCAGGAACUGGCCGCCUGCCCUCCUGCCAGCACCCCCCUGUCCCCCUCCACCUGGGGCACAGCUCCCCCCCCCCGCCCCCGUGCUCUAUUGGCACACAGCUCCCCCUCCCCCCUGCGCCAGGCAGAGGAGCAAACCGCCAGACCCUGGGCCCUGUUGGACUGGUGCUGUGGGGUACACGGUGGGGGGGGGCUGCUUGUGCCAGGCAAGAUGCUGUUCCUAGGCACGUGGGGGGGUGGAACCUGCUGACUGUAUUGGGGGGGCAGGGGGAGAGAAGGGGGCAGGACAGAGCUGUGGCUGCAUCCGGCAGCACCCUGGGGGGCUGGGAGCCAGCACACUGCUGGGAGUGGGGGGAGGGGUCCAGCCCCAGGCAGCCUCCUUCCCAGCCGCGCAGCAGAGGUGGGGCAGAAGGAGGCUGGGGCUGAGCUCCCACCAGGGGGGGCCAGGGGCUGGGUUUGCUGCGACACUGCCCUGCUGCCCCCACCCCGGCAGGGGCUAUAGACCACGGCUGGCAGCCCUGCCCCCAGCUCUGCCCAGCCCCACACAGCAGGGUGGGGGGAGGGGGGUAUUUAUUUAAGGGUUUGUUUUGCUGUGCAGGGUUUAAUUUAUCAUGGGCUUCCCCCCCAAACCACACACACCCACUCACCCCGCCCCUGCUCUUCAGCUUCCAGGGAUCCCCCCCCUCACUCCUUCCAGGGCCCUGGCCACACCAGAGCCUGCUGUGGACCCAUGGGGCAGACCCUGCAGGUCUAAGCAGCUGGGGGGAGGGGGAUGCCUGCAGCCCCCUGCCCCACCCAGCAAUCUACCCCUCCAGCCAGCAGCAGGAGCUCUGGGCUAAUCCCCACCCAGUGUAGUUAUGCCACUUCCCUCAGCUUCUCCUGAGAUAUUUGCCAAGGUGAGGGGUGCCCCGCACCCUGUACCCCUCCCUUUCUGCCCAUGCUGCCCUGAUAGCC